CCUUGAAUGAUUGAAUGAUUCUAUGCACUUAUGCAGAGUAAAAAACAAAACCCAACAAUCAAAGAUUAUUCUAAUUCAAUUAUCAAUUUUAUCAUAACAAACAAAAACUCUUUUGACAAAUUAUUUAUGUGGCUUCCUCUAAUUAUCUUUAACUUUUUUUUGUUUAAUUCACAAUUUAUGUGGUCAGAUAUUUUUUCUUCCUUCCACAAGGUGUUGCCUUGAAAAUCACGUCGGAAGAUCACGAGGAAUCGUUUUGCGUGCGCCACCCAAACAGACAAAACAAAAACACUUCUUUUGUUGGUUCCUUGUCGGUUUCCAAGGGUUUUUGUUUAGGGUUUUCAUUUUCUUUUUCCUUAUCUAUCUAAUCCUCUGUUUCUCUCCACAUCAAAAAAAACCUCAAAAUUAAGAGACGAAUUCGAGAUAAUGGGUUCGCUUAAGGAAGGUCAAGGAAGAGACAUGGAAGAAGGUGAAUCAGAAGAGCCGCUUUUGAUGGCUCAGAACCAGAGAUUCACUAUGUUCCCCAUUAGGUACAAAUCUAUUUGGGAGAUGUAUAAGAAGGCUGAAGCCAGUUUCUGGACUGCUGAAGAGGUUGAUCUUUCCACUGAUGUGCAACAGUGGGAGGCCUUGACGGAUUCAGAGAAACACUUUAUCAGCCAUAUUCUGGCGUUUUUCGCAGCGUCAGAUGGUAUUGUUUUGGAGAAUUUGGCUGCUAGAUUCUUGAAUGAUGUCCAAGUUCCAGAGGCUCGUGCUUUCUAUGGGUUUCAAAUAGCCAUGGAGAACAUUCAUUCAGAGAUGUACAGCUUACUUCUGGAGACAUUCAUAAAGGACUCGAAGGAGAAGGAUAGAUUGUUCAAUGCUAUCGAGACCAUUCCUUGUAUAUCCAAGAAGGCAAAAUGGUGUUUAGAUUGGAUUCAAAGUCCUAUGUCGUUUGCUGUGAGGCUGGUCGCUUUUGCAUGUGUCGAAGGAAUCUUCUUCUCAGGAAGCUUCUGUGCCAUCUUCUGGCUAAAGAAGAGGGGUCUUAUGCCGGGUUUGACCUUCUCAAACGAGCUUAUAUCGAGAGACGAGGGGCUCCACUGUGACUUUGCGUGUCUCUUGUACAGUUUGCUGCAGAAGCAGCUUCCAUUGGAGAAAGUUUAUCAAAUUGUUCACGAGGCAGUGGAAAUUGAGACAGAGUUUGUCUGCAAGGCUCUUCCAUGUGAUCUGAUCGGAAUGAACUCAAACCUCAUGAGUCAAUACAUACAAUUUGUCGCUGACCGUCUUCUGGUUACCUUGGGAUGUGAAAGGACAUACAAAGCAGAAAAUCCAUUUGACUGGAUGGAGUUCAUAUCUCUGCAAGGAAAGACAAACUUCUUUGAGAAGAGAGUGGGAGAGUAUCAGAAGGCAUCAGUUAUGUCGAACCUCCAAAAUGGAAAUCAGAACUACGAAUUCACGACUGAAGAGGACUUUUGAAUGAAUCCGCCAUCGAAUCUGGAAGGGCUCAUCAAAGUUUAGAUUCUUUAUGAGUCACUCUCAUUCUUUUUAGCCCAAAUCCAUUAGUAGUAGUCUAGUAAGACUAGUAGUAGUAGCAAUGGAUGUUAUUUGUGUUCUCUAUUUCACCAUCACUUGUCCCUUCUCCAUUGUGUAAUAAUAUUACUAUCUUAGUUAAUCAAAUCUAUAAAAAAAAAAAACAUUAAUGGAACAAAAACAUUAC